CGCCGCGUCGCGCGAGUUCGAGUUUUCGAUCCUGAACCACCACCAUGUCCGCCUCCGUUGCCCGCGUUUUCGCAAGACGUCUCCAUGCCUCGUCAUACCGCAGGGCGCUGGCGCAAUUCAAUAUGCCCGCCAUGAGCCCGACCAUGACUGAGGGUGGUAUCGCGUCCUGGAAAAAGAAGGAGGGCGAGACCUUCGCGGCGGGUGACGUGCUCCUUGAGAUUGAAACCGACAAGGCGACAAUCGACGUGGAGGCUCAGGACGACGGUGUUCUCGCGAAGAUUAUCGUCAACGACGGUGCCAAGGGCGUCAAGGUCGGCGCGCCUAUCGCCAUCGUCGGUGAGGAGGGUGACGACCUGUCGAAAGCUGCGGACAUGGCGAAGGCUGCUGAAGCGCCGGAGCCCCCCAAGAAGGAGGAGAAGGCACCCGAGCCCCCCAAGUCCGAAGCACCCCCUCCCUCCGAGUCCAAGUCUGCCCCGCCGAAGACCGAGUCCAAGGCCGACCUCCCCGCGGGCGACCGCAUAUUCGCGUCCCCCAUCGCGAAGAAGAUUGCGCUCGAGAAGGGCAUCCCCCUCGCCAAGGUGAAGGGCUCGGGUCCGGAGGGCCGCAUCCUGCGUGAGGACGUUGAGAAGUUCAAGCCUGAGGCUGCUGCCAGUGCCCCGGCUGGCGUGUCUGGCGGCGCGCCCGCCGCGUCCCCGGAGGAGUACACGGACACGCCUCUGUCGAACAUGCGCCGCGUGAUCGGCCAGCGCCUGCUCCAGUCCAAGGUCGAGGUCCCGCACUACUACCUUACCGUCGACAUCAACAUGGACAAGGUGCUCAAGCUGCGCGAGGUGUUCAACAAGACGCUUGCGGAGAAGGAUAAGGGCGCGAAGCUCAGCGUGAACGACUUUGUCGUCAAGGCUGUCGGCUGCGCGCUCGCGGACGUGCCAGAGGCGAACUCGGCGUUCUUCGGUGACUACAUCCGGACAUACAAGAAGGCAGACAUCUCCGUCGCCGUGGCCACCCCAACCGGCUUGAUCACCCCCAUCAUCAAGGACGUCGGCGGCAAGGGCCUCGCAACCAUUUCCGCGGAGGCUAAGUCGCUCGCGAAGAAGGCGCGCGACGGCAAGUUGCAGCCGCAGGAGUACCAGGGCGGCACCUUCACCAUCUCGAACCUCGGCAUGUUCGACAUCUCGCACUUCACCGCGAUCAUCAACCCGCCGCAGUCGUGCAUCCUCGCCGUCGGGUCGACGCAGCCGACGCUCGUGCCUGCGCCGGAGGAGGAGCGCGGGUUCAAGACGGCGAACAUCAUGAAGGUGACGCUGAGCUCGGACCACAGGACGGUGGACGGCGCGAUCGGCGCGCGGUGGUUGUCGGCGUUCAAGGGCUACCUCGAGAACCCCUUGACGUUCAUGCUCUAGGGGACUGGUCUCGCGACAACCUCUUUCAUCCUCUCGGUCAUGGAGUGACUGCUGAGGGCGUAGGGCUGUGAGCCGGUGGUGUGCAUGCGCUUCGUCGGUGGGAGUGUACUACGCGAUAGUGCGGGUGGUGGCUACGCUAAAAGUACGGGUCAAUACAUGUGCCAGAGGCGCCUAUGGUCUGCGUUUAUAUCUUAGGAUUCACAUUUAGAUGCUCUUUAGAGGGACGACGCCCGAGUGGGAACAAGACAAUAGUUGCAGCUCUCCCUCUGAAGAUGAUGCCACCCCUCGGCUACUGCUAUAGCAAUAGAAAUUAAC